AUGGCUGCGGCCGUUACGCUCCCUCACGGUACUCUUUUAAAGGCGUCGAGGGUGGAUUUGGAGUCAUCUGGCGGCGGACCCACCGAGCCUGUUCAGGGGGUUGUCAAGGUGGUGCAGCUGGACCCUCGCGGUCUGUCCCAGAUGGGGAUCUUCCGAAGAGGACUGACCCCAAGACGGGCCGCGUUUCACGGCCCCAGGUUGCCCUUCCCCGCCUUUCUUUCUCAUGGGCGUCCAGGUCCGGCCAUGGCCCCCAAGGCUCCUGCAGCUCUGCAGCACAACCUGCACCCUGAAACCCCCAGCGAGAUGCAGAGGAAGAAGAUAGGAGUGCAGAUGUGGCAGAAAGCCAUUGACAAGGGAGCCAAGAAGGCCACGGCCCUGCCAGUAAAUCUGAAGGACACUAAACAGACAUGCACUGCAGUGCCUUUCACUCAGCAUGUGACCGCAGAUGGAUGCGAAACAGUAGCCGUGCACAACAGGCUGUGUUUCGGCCAGUGCAGCUCCCUCUUUGUCCCGUCUGAGGGGGAGUUCGCCGAGGCGAGCCCGGUGGCGGGGGCCUUCCAGCGCCGGGCCCCCUGCUCCCGCUGCGCUCCAUUCAGAGCCCACACUGCCACCGUGCCGCUGCGCUGCGGCGCCCAGGUCCGGCUGAAGAGGGUGAUGGUGGUGGAGGAGUGCAAGUGUGAGACCGGCCGCGAGGAGAGGGAGAGGACCGCCCUGGCUGCCGCCGCCGACACACACCUGUGA